AUGGCCCUCGUUCUCCAAGCUUGCACGUUCGCCCAGCAGUAUGUCGCAUCCGUGCUGCACCCGACCCCUACAAAAUCAGCAAUGGGUCUCAAGUUGGGCGUCAUAUCGACAGCUCAAAUCAAUCCUGCUGCUAUCAUACAUCCCGCAGAAACUCAUCCAGACGUCAUCCUCCACGCAAUCGCCUCUCGCAACCUCGAAUCCGCACGGCAAGCGGCUCAGAAAUACCACUUCAAGAAAGCCUAUGGUUCAUAUCAGGACCUUCUAGAUGAUUCCGACAUUGAUAUUGUGGCUGGCAAGCAUGUCCUUUGCGAAAAGCCGUUUACUUCCAACGCGGAAGAGGCUCAUAAAUUGAUUCAGUUGGCAAAGGAGACGGGUCUUGUGUGUGAAGAAGCGUUUCACUGGCAAUUUCAUCCCGCUGCACACCUUUUCCGGGAGAUUCUGGAUUCGGGUAAAUAUGGUCGUGUUUUGCGAACGAAUGCUGUCAUGACGGCCAGUCCGGGUGUACCACAUGGCGAUAUCAGAUGGCAAUUUGAGCUCUCUGGCGGCUCGUUGAUGGACAUGACAUAUGCUCUAUCAUUCACCCGCUUCGCCGUCCACGGCUCCAAGCUCAAAGAAAUUCAAUCGGCAGUCGCUAGACCAUAUUCCAGGGAUCAGCGAGUCGACGAAGCAAUGCAUUCUCUCAUUCUCUUCGAAGACUCCAAAGACGGUCAUUUGAUCCAAAGUCGAGUUUACACGGACAUGGCUCGCCAAUGGGCUAUCAAGGGGAUCGUUCCGCGUGUCUGGGAACUUCCGUCCAUUGAAGUAGAGACCGACAAAGCGAUCAUCUACUUUUACAAUGCCAUGAUGCCGCAUUUGUAUCACUACAUUUCCAUCACGGAUAAGUCGACCGGAAAGACGCAGUAUAAGAAACAGUACAGGGGUGGACCAUGCUGGGGCGAGGCUUGGACCACGGGCGGGAAAGGUGGAAAGUCCUAUUGGAGCACGUAUCGGUACCAACUUGAGGCCUUUACCGAAAAGGUGCGAGGGAAGCAUGUGCCUUGCUGGAUUCCGGGUGAAGAGAGCAUUUUGCAGAUGGCGACUAUUGAUGCGAUUUACAAGGCUGCUGGAUUGCCUGCGAGACCGUCUGUCUCAAAGUCGGACAAGGCUUGA